UCAGCUAGACGACAAUAUUUGACUGAUCUGCAAGUUGGAAGCCCUCUCAGAAACGAUCCUAGGACUCUUCGAAAUCUCUGACUAAAAGAACGACUUGUUCCGCUGGGGAAUAUCGUCUGAAAUAUAACUUUUCACUCCAGGCAGUAGCACGACACGCACGCAGCCUCCGUGCAUACUCAAUACUAUUUUUCCGAUCACCAUUUGCUAGGGAUCUCUUUGUGCUGGAAGUUGACCCAGCUCCGUGUUUCUGGAUAUCUGGUCUUCUUUCUGUCGUGCUUUACCAUCUUCAUUGAUUAUUUUCCCUACAGGCCCACUGGCAAAACAGCAAUCAUGGGUUCAUAUUACAACAUUGAUGCAAUCUUGACAGACGCUCAAAAAGUUCCUUGCACAUUCGAGCUCUCGGUUCCGAAUAUGGGAUAUCUGCAGGGCAACCCAGGAGAAGACAUAAAACAAGGCUCUAAGCUCGAGCUACCACUCUGGCUCGCUGAGAUGCUGGCUGUCAGUAAUCCUUCUGGAAACUCCUCACUGGCAACACUAGAUCUGCCUCAGGCAUUGUCUCAACGUGUGAUGAACGCUCUAAAAGCAGAUCCAAAGACGGUAGAUUUACGAGCUCAAGCGCAACAUUUCUAUAACAUUGGUGCUCGCAUGUUAGAACUAUUCGAGGAAGAAGAAAUGGUUGACAUUCUGACUGACACAUUUAAACAACGUGCAGCCGAAAUAUCAGAUCAAGCGCUAAAUUCACGAAGUGCAUUGGGUGAGGGUGCCGACUUUUCAAGGGGGUUGGAUGAGACAGAACGACAAUUGUUCCGCGCUGCCCAUGAUGGCACCAACGCUGUAAAAAAGUGGUUCGAGACAGCUCAGAAGUCUUGA